ACGAUAAACCCUAACCGCCAUUAUCUUUAUCCACUGAUAUAACAAUGACGUCAUCAGCUUCUUCUCCCCUCAAAACCAAAAUCUCAAAGUCCACUCUCAGGAAAAAAAAAAAGAUAACAUCUCCUUUCAUGAAAAGCUGACUUUAAUGACUUCGUCUCGCCGUCUUCUUCCUCUCGGAGCAUCGCUCACUAGAGGAUCAUUUGCUACAGAUCAAAUCCGAAAUGGAUUUCUAACAAGUUUCCGAGGAUUCGCCACCGUUACUUCGUCGGAGUCGGAGGCGGCGUUAGCCAAUCUCGAAGCGAAAUAUGCCGUCGCUUUGCCGGAAUGUUCUACUUUAGAUGAGGAGAUCACGAAGAUCCGGCGCGAAUUCGAGCUGGCGAAACAGAGGUUUCUUAAUAUCCCUGAAGCAAUUAAUAGUAUGCCUAAGAUGAAUCCUCAAGGGAUAUAUGUUAAUAAGAAUCUGAGAUUGGAUAAUAUACAAGUUUAUGGAUUUGAUUAUGAUUACACUUUGGCACACUACUCAUCUCACUUGCAGAGCUUGAUCUAUGAUCUUGCCAAGCAGCAUAUGGUUAAUGAGGUAGUAGAAUCUCUUAUUCUUAUGGCAGUUUCUUUUAACCCAAACUGUUUUUUUUUUUUUUUGAGUAUUGUUUUCAGAAUUACUUGUUCUUUGUUCUUGCAGUUUAGAUAUCCUGAUGCUUGCUUCCAGUUCAAGUAUGAUCCGACUUUUCCCAUCCGAGGUUUGUACUAUGAUAAACAAAAAGGUUGCCUCAUGAAAUUGGAUUUCUUUGGUUCUAUUGAGCCAGACGGGUGUUAUUUCGGUCGUCGUAAGCUUAGUAGGAAGGAAAUAGAGAGUAUGUAUGGAACACGACACAUUGGUCGUGAUCAAGCGAGAGGUCUGGUGGGAUUGAUGGAUUUCUUCUGUUUCAGCGAGGCCUGUCUAAUUGCAGACAUGGUUCAAUAUUUUGUUGACGCCAAACUUGAGUUUGAUGCCUCUAACAUCUACAAUGAUGUCAAUCGUGCUAUUCAACAUGUCCAUAGAAGUGGAUUGGUUCAUAGAGGGAUUCUUGCUGAUCCUAACAGAUAUUUGCUAAAAAAUGGUCAGCUUCUACGUUUCCUUAGAAUGCUGAAAGAUAAAGGAAAGAAGCUUUUUUUGCUGACCAACUCUCCGUAUCAUUUUGUUGAUGGUGGAAUGCGCUAUCUGAUGGAGGACUCUUUUGGCCUCAGAGAUUCCUGGCGAGAGCUCUUUGAUGUUGUGAUUGCUAAAGCAAACAAACCAGAAUUUUACACAUCUGAGCACCCUUUCCGUUGUUACGAUUCUGAGAGGGAUAAUUUGGCGUUUACAAAAGUGGAUGCAUUUGACCCGAAGAAAGUUUACUACCAUGGCUGUCUAAAAUCCUUCCUUCAAAUCACAAAGUGGCAUGGCCCUGAGGUUAUUUAUUUCGGAGAUCACUUAUUUAGUGAUCUAAGAGGGCCUUCAAAAGCUGGUUGGCGAACUGCUGCGAUAAUUCAUGAGCUCGAGCGAGAGAUACAGAUACAAAAUGGUGAUAGCUACCGGUUUGAGCAGGCAAAAUUCCAUAUUAUCCAAGAGUUACUCGGUAGAUUUCACGCGACUGUAUCAGACACUCAUAGAAGCGAAGCAUGCCAAUCUCUUUUGGAUGAGCUGAACAAUGCAAGACAGAGAGCACGAGACACAAUGAAACAAAUGUUUAACAGAUCGUUCGGAGCUACAUUUGUCACAGACACUGGUCAAGAAUCAGCAUUCUCCUAUCACAUCCACCAAUACGCAGACGUUUACACCAGUAAACCUGAGAAUUUUCUGUUAUACCGACCUGAAGCUUGGCUUCACGUUCCUUAUGAUAUCAAGAUCAUGCCACAUCAUGUGAAGGUGGCUUCAAACCUUUUCGGAACCUGAGAUGGGUUUUGUUCCUAUAAGAACUGAUAUCAUUUUGCGAUACAUGGUAAUCUUUCUUGUGUCGGAAGUUUGAUCCGAAGAAGAAAGCAAGCAGCUUUUAGGGUUUCAGAUUGCCAGAGGACAACAAGAAGGUUUACAAAUCAAUCUCAGAUUAUUGCUGCUGAUGAUGAUACUUUUGGGCCAAAUCAAUGUUAGAUCAUUCAUUUGCAUAACUUUGAUGUGGCUUUCACUUAAAAAUAAAGGAUGUUACAACUAUCGAUUAAUAUUUUCUGGUGCUUUA